AUGGGAGAGGUUGGUAUAAUCAAGGAGAUGUUCAUCCAAAUAUUAGGUAUUAAGCUACCUAUUACUUAUAUGAAACUCUUGGCUAUAAUGGUAAACACAUUCAUACACUCAAAGAGAUUAUCAACAAGAAUGGCAACCACAAUGCCCAUAACUGAAGUACCAG